AAUGUAAAUCAAGCAGUGUGGAGUAAUGGUCCGCUUGAACACACAGCUCACACUUCUCUGGCAUCAGAUGAAGAACAAUGUUGUUCGGACUGAGUCUCUCUCAAAGUUUCCGGAUUCUCCAGAUGGUUUUCUGCCUAUUGGCCCUGAUCAUCCCGAUGUUUCGUGGCCCCAUGUCCAGUCCGUAUGGGAUCUGGUGUGAGUUUGUGUGGGUAUUCGGACUCAUUGUGGCUGUGGUGGUCUUCGUUAUGGAGAAGUGCCUGGUGGAUAAACUGAUCGAGCUCCUUGUGCUGAAGCACUCUUGGAAUGAUCUCUCCUGUGGUUUGAACCUUCUGUCGUCCCUCAUGCUGUUGUCUGCGUGCCUCAUUUACUGCACCGUGUUUGUGUGCACAACAUGCAUCGCAGACAUUAUCUGCGCCAUCGCCUCCAUCUUGGCGUUUGGUGUGUAUGUGGCAGAAACCGUGAUGUUAAAACGGAAGUGUCCUGCAGGUUAUCUCUCCAGCCUACGAGGCAUCCUGCGCUUCAGCCAGGCAUUUGUAGCCUGUCUCAUCUUUACCGCGGUAUACAGCUACUUCAAAGGAGUUGAAAACCGGUUCCGGCCUGGCGGUUUGAUCUGGUGCAUUCUGGUCUACGUGGUGUGCUUCCCUCCAACCGUGGUGGUGAUCCCGUCACACCUGCAGAAGUGUGUGGAUCUGCUGCGAUGCUGCGAUCUCAAUAAGUUGGAGCUGGUGCUUGACGCCGUUGCUGUCGCUCUUUAUGUCUCUGCUGCCGUCCUCUGGCCUGUGUUUGGCUAUAAAAACUAUAAAAGAGACUCCAAAACCCACGAUUAUCGAUUUCAUGACCUUAAUUUGGUCACAGUCCUGACGUAUGUGAACUUGGGGCUUUACCUCGCAGACCUCAUUUGGACUUUGAUUUUACUUUGUAAAAAAAACUAGACGUACUGUAGAGUCAUGAAUGUAAAGAUGUGACCAUGUUUUGAACUCUAAGGGGGAACAAACCAAUUUUUGUAGGUAAGGGGGUCUUUUUAUUGAAAUAAAUUGAAUAAUUCAAGCAAAUUAAAGGAGUACAUUAAAAGUGAUUUAAAAGAUUGUCUCAUUACAUUCAAUCAUAGUCCUAUGCCUAUUUCGAAAAUGGCUUCGUUAAGAUUCAGUUACAAAUUAAACAAUAGCCAAUCAAUAGCGUACUUUUCAAUUCAAAAUGGCUAAAGGCUAAAUUUGACAAACUUGAGUAGUUCUGCAUCAUUGCAAAGGCUACUUUAACAUUUCUAUCAUAAAACAGUUGUCAAAAAUGACAUGUUUAGCCCAGGUUUGCCAACAUUCGCUUAUUAGGCAUGAGACACAUGCUUCAAGGAUCUGUCUUCUCACACUACAAGCGACACGCAACAGCAAGGUAAUACAAUCCCGUUCAUUUUAAUGGCGACCGGAUGGGGCGUGUCCAGCGAUGCAAUAAAGUUCGGAAUCCUUCAACAUUAUGCAAAUGAAGAGCGACGCUCGGGAGCAACAGCCAAUAGGAUAGAAGACGGCAGAGGACAUGUGAUCGUUCUCCACUCAGUCGUAAAUAAACAUACGCAAUUUUUGUUUGUAUGUACAGAUUUAAUUUAUAUUUAGAUUAUGUUUAGUAUUUUGCCUCCAACAUGUUUGUAUUUAGCAAAAAAGUCGCUGCUAGUGUGAACCGGACUUAAAUUUCACUCCAAAUCGGCAACACUGCUUGCGAUAUAAACACUCUAAGCUUUCAAAUUUUGUAAGUUUUCACACUAAAUGUAACUUAAUGUGCUAUAAAUCGUAAAAUGUAGCGCUUCAUUUAAAGCCAGAGCCAUUGAAACAGAGUUGCGAAAACGCUUUGAUCUCGCCGCACGGUCACGUGGUUCAUGGAGCGCUCCAAACAAUUCAAGUUUAUUUGUACAGCGCUUUUUACGAUACAAAUCAUUGCAAAGCAACUUUACAGAAAAUGAAUUUCUACAAUAUUUAGUAGUAGCUUAUCAGUGGUGACUGUCAGUUUAUGUGCAUAUGACAGAAAGUUUCGGAAAAAUUAAUAAAAGACAUAGUCAACCAGA